GGUUUUUCAAUCUCUUCAGUCAGGAUCCAGGACAUUCAUUUUGCAGCAGGAACAUGCGCAGUCAGCAGCAGUCAGCUGACAAACACACACUGACACAGAGACACACAGAGGCUGCUUCACCUGACGACAAGUUCACUGACCGGGAGUGAAGACGUCGUGUCAUGCUGCCUGAUAAAGAUGGUCCAGCUGUCGGAGGUGGACAGAGCUCUGCUGCGGGAGAGGACCUCUCUGUGACCCUGUUUAGAGAGUACCUCCGCCUCAAAACUGUCCACCCAGAGCCCGACUACGAUGCUGCUCUUAGGUUCCUGGACAGAAUUGCGGAGGAGCUUGGGCUACCCAUAAAAAAGAUUGAGGUUUGUCCAGGCAGAGUCGUGGCGAUCAUGACCUGGGAGGGGACGAACCCGGCCUUGAAAUCCAUCUUACUGAAUUCCCACACAGAUGUUGUGCCUGUCUUCCAGGAACAUUGGAAAUACGAUGCUUUCAGUGCUUUCAAAGAUGCAGAGGGCAACAUUUAUGCCCGGGGAACACAGGACAUGAAAUGUGUAACUAUACAGUACAUCCAGGCAGUCAGAAGACUGAAGGCAGAGGGACGGAAAAUGUUGCGCACUGUGCAUUUAAUGUUUGUUCCUGAUGAAGAAGUUGGAGGUCACAAGGGAAUGGAAACAUUUGUGACGCAUCCAGAGUUCCAAAAAUUAAACAUUGGCUUUGCCCUCGACGAAGGUCUUGCCAACCCCACUGAGGCCUUCACUGUGUUUUAUGGAGAGAGGAACCCUUGGUGGAUUACAAUCCACUGCCCAGGAAGUCCAGGCCAUGGGUCAAGGUUUGUGGAGAACACCGCUGCCGAGAAGCUGCGCCAAAUCAUAAACUCUUUCCUGGACUUCAGAGAGAAGGAGAAACACAGGCUAAACACCAGUGAGUGUUUCACGCUAGGUGACGUCACCACAGUAAAUAUGACCAUGGUAAAAGGGGGCGUGGCCUACAAUGUCAUCCCAGCUGAAAUGGAUGUCAGCUUCGACCUAAGAAUACCACCUACAGUAAACCUACAGGAGUUUGAAAAACAGAUCAAACAGUGGUGUAAGGAAGCAGGGGAAGACGUCACUUAUGAGUUUGCUCAGAAACACAUGAACCAAAAUGUGACAUCGACAGAGGAGCGUGAUCCUUGGUGGAGCGCCUUCAGUGGAGCCUGCAAGGCAAUGAAUAUGACUCUGGAAAAAGAGAUAUUUCCAGCCGCCACAGAUAGUCGUUUUAUUCGUGCGGUGGGUAUCCCUGCUAUUGGCUUUUCCCCGAUGAACCGGACACCAAUCCUGCUGCACGAUCACAAUGAGUAUCUGAACGAGGACGUCUUCCUGAAAGGCAUCGAGGUAUACGAAAGGCUAAUCCCAGCUAUCGCCAGCGUACCUGCCCUUCCCGCUGAGGCAUAGACAAGUUCUCUAUUAAUGCUCUCUCAAACAUAUUUCACUGAUUAUCUUAAUCUUUAACUUGAAGGAGAUUGCAGAGAUUACCAAAGAAGAAGAAGAAUAAUGUAUAUCAUUAAGCCAAACUGAGCACUUAGCCUUUGGUAUUAUUGAUUUUUAAAAUUAUUUUUAUGAUUCUCAGGAUAAAUGCACAGCAAACUUUGCAUUAUUCAGUAUUGCAGCAGUUUAACAGCAUACUGACUGUUUGUUAACAUUGUUGAUUGAGUGCACCUGUGAGUAUGCAGUCUUAAAAUAAUAUCACCCUACUAUGUAAACCACGUUUCCUAUUAGUAUGGAAAAAAAAUCAAUAUACAUUUAUGUGGAGAUGACUUUGAUUGAUACAUUCUUUGAUCAAAUGCCAUUUAAUUGCCACUGAUUAAAUUUUGUUUGAUUUUAAAAGUAGCUUUCCAUAGAUAGAAUUUUAUUUAAUAAACUGGAAUUGAAUAAA